AUGACGCCUAGUAUUAAAAACCAAUUAAUGUGUUACUCUCGCAUCCCAUGGCACGUUGAAGUUAGGUGUAGCGGGCAUUGUCCAUGUAAAGCGCAGUGUGUAUGUACUAAACACCUAGAUCCAGUGUGUGGCUCAGACGGACAAACCUAUGGAAACCCUUGUGCGGCAAAAUGCAAAGGUGUCCAAGUAAAGUGCAAGGGCAGGUGCCCUGUGGCGAUUGUUAUUGCCCUUAUAACUUCAACCCUGUGUGCGGCGCGGACGGACAAACAUACCCAAACUCAUGCUCAGCUGCAUGCUCUGGACAAAGAGUACAGUGUCCGUGGGCCUGUCCUUGCCCUGUAACUGGAAAGUGAUCACACUUCGGACCGGAGAGAGGUGCUACACAAUGUAUCAUAUAUAACGGACAUAUAAUAAAAUUCCCUUCUUAAAGUGUCGAAUUAUAUAAAUAUUUGUAUUAAUAAAUGAUGUUUUGU